AUGAGUUCAUCAGCUAAUAACUCCGGCGCAGCAUAUCCUCCCCCACCUCAUUCCACAGCUCGAGGUCCUUAUUAUGUGCAGGCCCCACCACCUGCUGGUUAUCCAACAAGAGAUGGCCCAAAUCCCCAUGGACAUGUCGCCGUAGAAACGAAGUCAAAAGGUGAUGGCUUCUGGAAGGGAUGCUGUGCUGCCUUGUGCUGCUGCUGCGUUUUGGAUGCAUGUUUUUGA